AUGCUGACAAUCGAGCCUGAGCAGACCAUGCUCCCCGAGCUCCCCGACACCCCUCGCCAGGCGGAACCGGCACCCUCUCCUGGUGCGGCCUCUGGUCACGAGGACAACGACUAUGAAGCCACUUCAAUCUUCAUCACCUUGGAUAUCACCCCGCUGGACACUGAGACGCCGGGCAUCGCAAUGCCGGACACCCCUACCCCUGGUGCCACUACUCCGGACACCCUGAGCUCUGGCACCGCCACCCCGGGCACCACUAUCCCGGCCACCUCUACCCCGGGCAGUGGCACCGCUACUCCGGACACCGCUGCUCUUGGCACCUCUACCCCCGGCAUCGCCACCCCGGCCUCGGAGACCGCUCCCUCCGGCACAGCCGCCCCGGCCACCGCGCCCGUCCCCACAUACACCGAGGAGCGGGAUCCCAGCAUCCGCCUCACUCUCUUCCAAAUCGCCGUGGAGGAAGCGAGAAAGGGAUUAUUCGCCAGUGCCCGCGAGGUUACUCCCAUUUCCAAGACCGGGCCCGGGGCCGAGCAAGGCCGGCGUCGCAGCCCGACGGCCGAUGAACUCGAGUAUGUCAUGCGCAAGCUGAACGAGUGGGCGCAGCUGACCAAUCCCGAUGACAUGCACGCACAGGUUGAAGAUGACGAUGACGAUGACGAUGACAAUGCCUAUCUGGUCCGGCGGCCUGGCGGUGCUGCUUACAUUCAGGUUGCCGGCUGUCGCGUUGAUGAGCUGCCAGUGACUACCUCUACUAACGGACAGGGACAGGAUGAUGAUGAUGAUAAUGAUACCGAAGACUCGGAUGCCGACCGGGAGCGGGGCGGUGGUGCUUAUCUGACCAGCCGCCGCAGGGCCCGGGGCGAGGUUUAAG